AGUACUCCGUCACGGCGUUCUUUUAUUUCAGAACGUGGAGGGCAGCUUUCUCAAAAAGAAAAAAACUGCCUCGCUUUUCUGUGUCGUCUUCUUCGAUCAUCAUCUCGAUUUUUCAAACUUUUCACCGUCUAUUCGCACCGUCCGCGAAGGAGAAAACAAACAGAAAGGGAAACAAACGACGAGCCACACCAACUGGCACUUGUACGCACCUGCACAGGCUUCCUCUUUCCUUCCUUUAUUAUUAUUAUUAGUUCACCAUGCGAAUUGAGCAGUGCUCCUUCUGCAGUGCGCCGGUCUACCCAGGUCACGGGCAGAUGUUCGUGCGCAACGACUGCAAGAUCUUCCGCUUCUGCUCUAGCAAGUGUCGCAAGAACUUCGGCAUGAAGCGCAACCCGAUGAAGCUGAAGUGGACCAAGACGUUCCGCAAGGCGAACGGCAAGGAGCUGGCAGUGGAUAGCACGAUGAACUUCGAGCAGCGUCGCAACCUCCCAGUGAAGUACAAUCGUGAGCUAUUGGGUGACACCUUGAAGGUGAUGAAGCGGGUCGAGAAGAUCCAGCAGCGCCGCCAGGCGGAUCUGUGGGCGAAGCGUAUGGAGAAGGCGCGUCUGCACGAGAAGCAGGAGGCCGCCACGGCGCUGCGGCACAACAUCGACUGGGUCGAGGACGUCGAGGUGAAGCACAAGGCGCGCGACGACCUCGUGGCCAUCCAGCAGGAACGCGAAGCAAAGAAGGCACAGCGCCGCGAGGCUAACAAGAAGCGCGCGCAGAAGCAGCGCCAAGCCGAAAAAGCCACGGGCACCUCAGCCUUCCGCUCCGCCAAGAAGAAGUAG